AGUGAAAUGUGAAUAGUGGGUUUCUAUUUUCUACUCUGCUCAGCCAAGUCCUCAGCUCUGAAAUCCUCGGCGGAGGCUCAUAGAGAAGCCAGACAGUAUCCUGACACCUGCACUGCCAGUUCUGUCUCUACUUGCCCUGCUAAUGGGAUUGCUGGGGCACCAUGCACAUUAUAGCUAAUCAGCGGCCAGACCUGGGGAAGGGCCAACGCUUUGUCUGCAGAUAAGCAGCUUUUGGAUUUUAUCGUCUCCGACCGACAGGUGGAAUUUUUCAUUUCCAGAGCGGCAAGUUUUCAAGAAGAAGGCAAAACAUGGACCGAAGGUGGAUUUAUUUCAUAUUUGCACUGUUUUCUAGUGUGCCGCUCUCACCAGCUUUUCCCAAUCUGAAACUCUACUCAGUCCUGUCUCCUUUGGGUUCCAGCGGCCAUUAUCUAUCGGAAACUUUGGAAGGCAUUUUUACCAGGAGGAAACGAGAUGUUGCUCCUUCUGGUACACAAUACACAUUUGACAUUGAAAUCAGUUUCCCAAAUGCCUCUCUCCUGAAUGACCUCAAGCAAUACAUACAGAGCUUGUCAUAUCCCGUUGCUCUGGACUCUUCCAUGACUACCAAUAUCACAGCAAUAAAUGUGACCACAGCAUGCAGUCUAAGCGGAUCAACGUCCCAGUGCUCCUGUGAAAAUGGCUACGUGUGGGCUAGUGAUGUGUGUCACAAAUAUACACCCUGUGCCGGAUCCAGUUCACCAUGUACCUGCAUAAGUCAAACACUUCCAACUGGAACAUAUUGUCAACCUAAGACAUACAUAACCAUAAAAAUGAGCCUUAGAAUUAACGAAGAUUUUACAAGCAAUUUAUUAGACCGAUCAUCCACCAAGUACAAGAGUUACAAAAGCCAGCUGGAAAAUGCGUUCAAUACCUGCUAUGGAACCUUGCCCGGAUUCCAAUCAGCAACAGUGACAGGAUUUAGGCCAGGAAGUGUUGUAGCAGACUACACCAUUACCACAGAUCCAGUCAACACUUCAGUGCUCCAGGCGGCUAACAAUGAUUUAGUAGCCAACUUGAGUAAAGUCUUCAUUCUAGCCACACCAGCCAUUCAGAAUAUCAUUGAAGGACAGAGUAACAUGAGUGUUUUACCAGCCAAAGUCUUUGUUGGAGAUAAUCUAUCUUUAACAUGUACUGUCAAUUCUGUUUCUACUAAUGUUUUAUGGUAUUUUAAUGAUUCACAAAAAAUUACAUCUAAUGCACUAUUCCAAAUGACCUUCACAUCAACAAGUGAUGGGUCAGUGUCCAACUUGCUAAUAGCCAGCGUGACUUCGGAUUAUGCAGGAAAUUACAGGUGCAUGUUUGAAAACUCCUCUACCCUUUAUUCGGUAGAUACAAACAUAACCAUUGCGUCUAUAACCAUGAGUGGACCUGAUUCAGUUACAGUAACUUGUGACAACUCCGACAAUAUUUUGGUCACUUGUUCCACCGACGGGGAUAUAAACUCCCUUUCACUUACAUGUUCUUCUGACCCAAACAAAGGAGUUUUCAACAGGUCCCAGUUAUGCUCUACCUCUACCUGCUGGACUUAUAUUGUGCAAGCCAGCCCGGACCAGUGCACAGACGGGAGCACAGCGACCUACUCAUGUACUUGCUUUACAUCAUAUGGAGCUAAGGUCUCUAAAGCCGUCAGUGUCACGUAUUCAAAACCAGGUUUAACGCUGAUUCCUGCGGCUGGCACUCUCAGCAUUUCCGAAGGGCAAUCCAUAUGGCUGGAGUGUAAAAGUUCUAAGGACGUUCCUGAUAUCAUUUGGAAUUUCUCCGGCACCAUUAAUACAACUGUUCAAACCACUCUCUUCAACUAUUAUGCCUCAAAUUCCACCUCUGUGCUUUAUAUUCCAAGUGCAGUGACAAGUUGGCAAGGUAAUUUUUAUUGCUCGUCGGAAUCUCUGAAACUGCAGUCGACCCAAAAGUCUGUGGUUGUUGUCAAGCUCAUUGCAAGCUCGCAGAUUGAUAUCAACCCAGUGGACACAGUCUAUCAAAGUGGCACAGCCACUAAGUUCAGCUGCUGUGGUUCUGACAUGUCGGGUUACACCGCUACUUUGCAGAUAGGAGUAAUAACAACAGCUAUGACAUUAUAUGGCAACUGUUUCAAUGUGACUUACAAUUGCGCCAACUGUGGAAAUUACACUGCCUCCUGCACAAUUACAAACUCUUUGGGCGGCACCGUGAAAAGCGCCCCCAUGAAACUGACAUUGCGCCAGCAGGUGGAAAUCAAGUGUGGGGCCCCUCCAGGCGUUGGGGCACUCGGGGACAUAAUCACAGUGCCUUGUUCAUCUGAGAAUAUUAACCUAACUGGAAACAAGAGUUACACGUGCACAUCGACGGGCUGGCAGGCCGUAGUGCCCGAUAACUGCGUACUGCAAGUUCUCAACAGAUUAGUCUCUGAUGUCCCGAGUCUGACAGGCCCAGGGGGGGCAGAGAUAUUGCCUGUGUAUGUUGCAAACCUUAGCGCCACAGUGACGGCAGAGAAGGAAAACAUAACGUCUUCACCAAGCAACAUAGUGACGGUAGUCAACAUACUACAGCAAGUGACGACCACCACUCAAACUGUACAGCCGGACGUUAUGCAGAACUUUCUGACGACGGUCAAUGUUGUUGUAGAUGACACAUCUAAAAACGCUUGGAAUAACAUGAACAAUAGGACUGAUAGGGGUACCCAGCUGCUGAACUCAGUGGAACAAUUUGCCAGAAAGCUUCAAAUUGACAACGGAUCCAUUUCAAUAAUAAACAAUUCCAAUGUUCAGCUGGCUGGCAUUAUUGCAAAUUCAUCAAGAAGCUACAACGAAAGCUUCAAUUUCUCCCAAGGCAAUAACUUGACAGGCAGUGUUCUUAUCUCCAAGGAUAGUGUGAGCAACAUGGAGAAUAAUACCAACAUCAUUACCAUUGCCUACGCAACCUUGAAGGACAUUUUGCUGAAUACAUCAACUAAAGUUGUGAAUGGCCUAGUCAUGACAACGGUACUCUCCACCCAAGUGCCUUCCAAUUUUAAAAUUUCAAUGAACUUUAAGAAGAGCAAUCAGACACUGAAUGUUCCAGGGUGUGUUUUCUGGAAUCUGGAAACUAAUAACUGGGACAGUACUGGGUGCCAAGGAGUAAACAACGCUGAGAACGUCUCUUGCGACUGCGAUCACCUGACUUCCUUUUCCAUUCUAAUGUCCUAUAAGGCAGUAGAUAGUAUCAUACUGGAUUAUAUUACUUACAUUGGCUUGGCUAUUUCCAUUAUCAGCUUGUUGAUUUGCAUCACAAUUGAAGGACUAAUAUGGAAGUCGGUGACCAAGAACAAAACAUCUUACAUGCGCCAUGUUUGCUUGGUAAACAUUGCCGUAUCGCUCCUUAUUGCUGAUAUUUGGUUUAUCAUUGGUUCAGCCAUAAGCACUCUGUUGAAAUCAGAUCCCCUGAAUACAGCUAACUCCAAUGCCUGUGUGUCUGCAACGUUUUUCACACACUUUUUUUACUUGUCCUUAUUUUUUUGGAUGUUGACUAUGGGCCUCAUACUGUUCUAUCGACUGGUCUACGUCUUGCACGACAUGAGCAAAAGCCGCAUGAUGGCGAUAGCAUUCACCAUGGGUUAUGGCUGCCCUCUUCUGAUAUCCAUUAUUACAGUCGCUGUCACACAGCCGGGUAGAACAUAUCUUAAUGGCAACGCUUGCUGGCUCAACUUCAGCGACAGCAAAGCCUUCAUUGCAUUCGUCUUACCGGCACUGACAAUUAUCCUUGUCAACUUCAUCAUCCUUGCAGUUGUUAUUAUUAAACUCCUCAGGCCCUCAGUUGGAGACAAACCGAAGAAGGAAGACAAGAGCACCUUAAUACACAUUGGGAAGAGCAUAGCAAUCCUGACCCCGCUGUUAGGUCUAACCUGGGGAUUUGGUAUCGCAACCAUUAUAGCUCCUGAUGCUCUAUGGGUCCUUGGUAUUUUUGCGGCACUCAACUCACUGCAGGGGCUGUUUAUUCUGCUAUUUGGGUGUUUGCUAGACAAAAAAGUCCGGGAUUCAUUGCUCAGCAGAUUCUCAUUGUCGAGGUGGAGUUCACAGCAGACAAAGUCUUCCCAUGUUACUUCAUCAGAAAUUCAAAUCUCCAGAGGAGUCUUCAACAUUUUUGCCAAAAAAGGUGCUUACAACAUUUCCUCGGCCCAGAGGAGUUCUUCAAGUGAAACGCCAUCAAAUUCCUACUCCUUGCUCACCUGAAAAUCAGACAGUGCCGCUGUCCGUAUAUAUGCCCAAAUCCAUAAUGGGACACUUUUACAAUAUACUGUAUGCACUUUAUUGUUUAUUGCCAUGUGUCAAUGACUGUGUAUUGCUGCCUUGCCCAGCUGUUGGGCUCAGUGCCUUUUUUUUUCACCAAAAACACUGUGGACUUUUUUCCAAUUCUCUACGAAGAUGGGAGUCAAGCUUUGGUCUGUGUUUUGUUCAGGCACCCAUCGAUAGUAGCCAUAUGGGAGGGGGGUAUGUGGUACCCUGUUCUUAGAAUCACUAAAGGAUUGUUCCAAAAAAGACAAUAAAAGUUGCUAUUGUCUACAGUUUAUAGACGAUUCGUUAAAAACCACCUUGACCCCUCUCCCCAUGUUUAGUCUUAUCUAAUAUAUAUUACAUUUUUGGGAUUCAGCUAAAUCCUUGAUCACCCAAUUCAAACCCAAUUUAGUAACCGUAGCAGUUAAUAAACCCUGUUUGCCUCUCCUACACAAACAGGAAAUACAUAUUUGAUUACACUAGAAUAACAUGUUCAUUAGCGAUUAUUAUUGUGUAAAAAGCCUAUAAUGUAAGUGUUAUAAUGUUCCGUACCAGUUUUAUUCUGCCUCCUUCUGGGAAGGAACAUUCUCUUAGAGUGCAGUAUACUGAGCAGUAGAUAGAGAAGAUUCCUAUAGUCCCUGCACAUACACCGCCCCUAAGCUGUAUGGAUGUCCUUCUGAACACUCAGGUGGAGCAAUUGAAGCACCUUUAUUGUUUUAAAUGUUUCCUCGCAGCUUAUGACGGAGCCACCUGGAUACAACGAGGGAUAUUCCUAGAUCCUUGCAGGCUGGAGUAAUGGACAAAAUAGAUAUUUGCUGGUUCUAAUUCAAACUGAAUGAAGUUCAUCAGCCUGGUUUUUAUGCGCUACCACCUGAACACCUGUUGAUAUGUCUAUAUGGGGUUUUUUAUGUUAAAACAAAGUCCUAAGUUAUUAAAAGAGUUAGAAAGAACUGGUCGGACUCCUGGGUCCUUGGUUCUGAGGAUAAAGUCUUGCUUUGUUGAUACCGCGUUGAGUUCACAUAACAGACAUAAGCAUUGCAUAGACGCAUACUCUUUAGGGUACACGUGUAGGUGUUUAAUCAUAUUCCUCAUGUAAUUUAUUUAUUUUAUUACUUAUGUUUGUAAAGAAAAUUAAAGCCAGUAUCCACUCACUA